GCCACGUCACCUCCUCUCCCCUCAGCUCGCCUCUGGAACCAUCAUUGCUCUCUCAUGCCCAGAAGUCUGUUCGGGAAACUACCAACAUUUGUAUCUGUUUACACGCGCAUAUUUUCAGACAAGCGGCCAACAACAGCCGCCUACCGUCAACUGCGACGCUGCUAGCUCGUUCUUUCCUCUCUUAAUCUGCUCCGAGCUCAUUUUUCCCCCUUCGUGGGUCAACAACUCAGAAGUCAGUGUUGUGGGAGUUUGGAGGCCCGCGAGGACUUCACGAGCAACAGCAUGAACGUCUUUCGGUUGGCAGGUGACGUGUCCCAUUUGGUGGCUAUUCUCAUCCUGCUGAUGAAGAUAUGGAGGUCCAAGUCUUGUGCCGGCAUCUCUGGGAAGUCUCAGGUGCUGUUUGCACUUGUUUUCACCACCAGGUACCUUGACCUGUUCACAGUCUACAUCUCAGCCUACAACACAGUCAUGAAGGUGGUGUUUCUGGCUCUGUCCUACGCCACAGUGUAUUUGAUCUAUAUGCGCUUCAGGAACUCGUACGAUUCAGAGAAUGACACGUUCAGAGUGGAGUUCUUGCUGGUUCCGGUGAUCGGCCUGUCCUUCCUGGAGAACUACGCCUUCACUCCACUCGAGAUCUUGUGGACCUUCUCCAUCUUCCUGGAGUCCGUUGCCAUAAUGCCGCAGCUCUUCAUGAUCACCAAGACGGGCGAGGCGGAGUCCAUCACCACCCACUACCUGUUCUUCCUCGGCCUCUACAGGGCGCUGUACAUAGCCAACUGGGUGUGGCGCUACCACACCGAGGGCUUCUAUGACCAGAUCGCCAUCGUGUCCGGAGUCGUUCAGACCAUUUUCUACUGUGACUUCUUUUACCUUUACGUCACGAGGGUUCUCCGAGGAAGAGGGAAGAUGAGCCUGCCGAUGCCGGUUUAGGUUUUCCGUCAGUGCCUGCCACAGUUCAGCGUCGCGGCAGAAUCCUUUCCCUGUAGCUGUACUUUAGCAAAAGGGACUAAAGGUCUUAUAUUUGUAGACCAAAAUUAAAUAUUAUUUUUUUUGUUUGUUUUAUUUGUUUGUUUGACCGGUACUUCAAGUCUGUGUUCGUGCAUAAACGUAUGAGUGCGUAUGCAGCAACGCGGUGCGGAUGCGUCGUCCUGCUUUCUCCCGAGAUGCAAAUAGGACGCGAGAUGCUCGUUGGGGGCGAGCGCCGUGGUUCUGUACAGAUUACAGCGAGGAGAGCGUGUAUUUUUUUGCCCCAACAUUUCCUUUUCAGAAACUGCUUUUGAAAUAACCAGCCUGGUUUUUGUACUAACGGGUUUGAAUGUUGAAUGCAUGAAGACAAACUUUUAGAUUGUUUCAGCUGGUGUUUCGAGCACUCAGGUAGACUGUAGCUUUAAACUAAACAUCACCAAACGUCCAGUCCUACAUGUGAAAACCCAAUGUUUUAUUUUCUCACAGAUUGUAUUCAUAAGCACUCCCUGAAGAACUUACUGUAUUUACUAUUGCCAAGUUUGUUACGGUUAUGGUAUUUCUUGUUUACCUUGUCUUGUGUAAUUUUGUUGUUGAGGGGAGGGAGUAAAAAAAAAAAAAGGGCUUAAAA